AUGUCACUUCCGUCAACCCCACGCCGAAAAUCUUUGGGAGGCUCAGUCCCUCAACGCGGAAUACUUAAACGUUUAAAUGACGAAAACCAUACAAUAUCAUUGGACCCGCACUCGAUGGCAAAGAAACGUGUUUCUUUCAAAAGCGAAGCAUCGGUGCUGCAAAUUAGAGAAAACCAUGCUUCUCCUAAGUCGCCGGUGCCUUCAAUGAGAUCUCCUAUUCGGUCGCCCGGUCUGUUUCCGAACUUUCAGGGUCGGAUUUCGUUUGGGUUAACAGCUCCUUCACGUUUCGAGAUAUACCAGGAUCGCCAAAAGAGCCAGGAGCCAACCAGCGAGGAUGACGUUCUAGAUCUAUUCUACGAGGAGGGUGAGAUUGCCCAGUUAAGAAAAAAGAAUGAUGAUGCCGACUCUGAAGUUGAGAUGGAGAUUUCUAGUGAUGAUCAAAUGGAAUUUACUGAGCCAUUGAAACCAGGUGAUCUGCCUGUUUUGGUAGAAUCAUCUGAGACCGUUCAGGCCGAUCCUCAGGAUGAGGAUAUGGAGCUGACACAGCCAUUGAAUUUGAUGCAGUUGAAAAAUGAAGCACAAGAAGAGGAAAAAGCUCAACCGAUGGAGCUAACUCAGGUUUUUAACAGACCAUUGGAUCCAGUCGAAGAUCAGGUUGAACAGCUAAUGGAAUUUACAAAGCCAGUAAGGCCGGUAGUCUUUACCAAGCCGGUGCAAUUCAAGAGACUGAUGGAGAAUAGUCCGCUGAGGUUGACACAGUCUUCAGAACUAGCUGACUUGGAGAAUAGCCAGAGCAAACCGAUGGAAUUGACCCAACCUAUUAAGCCUUUGGAACUAGAGGAGUCUCUUGAAACCAGUCAGCCGAUGGAAUUGACCCAGCCCCUCGAGGCUAGUCUUCCCUUACAUUCAGCGAAGUCCGAGCAGCUGAACCAGAGCCAACCAAAGGAAUCCACCCACCCUUUGGAAACAGAACUAGAACCGGAACUGGAACUUUCACAAGCGCCGAUGGAUUUCACACAACCUCUUCAAAGCUCAACCAGAAUGUCAUACACACCAUCAACACCGGCCCAAAGUUUUAUGAAACUCCAACCAGAGAUAGAAGACUCACAGGAAGCAGACGAAUCCAUUAUCGAAGCAGACUACGAGCCCACAGAGACGUUUGAGUUCUUCAAGGAGGUCGGAAUUGAUUUCAGAGAGAACAUCUCUCCGUUUGAGCCUCGGUUCAAGCCAGAGCAUAGAGAUGCUCCCCAGGAGGAUGACUUUGCCAAAGCAAUUCCUAGAAUGCCAGAACUGCUGUUGGUAAUGUAUGAGUUGCUUCAAAUGAUCAACACCAUUCAGGACAGAAAAAGUCUGCUUGUGGAGGAAGAAGCCCGCUUGACAAAACACAACACGAAGCUAAUGAGGGACUAUCGUCUAAGCGACAGGCAAACACAGAAGCAGUUGCGGUCGAUGUUUUUGAAUACUCGUGAUGUCAAGAAACACAAUGCGGGACUAGAGUUUUACCAGUUCAAGAACAUUAACCUUGAGUCCAUCGAGAAAGAUCUCGGCGAUUAUAACGAUACAAUUACGUUACGUGCCGAGGAUGCAGCUUUGCAGUCGAGUAAGCUUGCAGAUGAUAAUGAGCGAAUUAGAAUCAAGAUCCAUGAGAUGAAAUCGAGAGUUGCCAAUCUCAAAGCUGCAAAAAUGACACCGGUGGAGUUUGCAGACCUCAAGCACGGUUUGGCAAAUCGCACUGAGGAAUUAAUCUCGUUACAAGCAAAGGCUGCGGAACUGAAUUUACAGAAACAAGCUUUAGAGUCCAGUUCCAAGACAACAGAAUCCCUAGUCGAACAAAUUUGUCUGGAAAACGAAGCUAUCGCACACAGGAUCCUGCAAAACCAGGAUGUCAAGGCCUCAAAGAUAAGGUAUGCACUCGUCGAACAUCUUUCAAAUCUGAGGCUGACCAAGGCUGAUAAGAAGACCCCAGAUAGCAGAGUCGUAUCUGUUCAGGGGCUGGGGUUCGAGACCCAAGUUGAGAUGACAUCACUGCAGAGCCUGGAGGAGUUCCAACGCAAUGCGUAUGGUGAACAGAAGAGGUUGGUAGCCGAGAAACUGGCAAAGUUAUACGGACAUGACAAGGAUUUGACUAAUUUGAGGAUGGCUUGA